ACCGUUCCCAGACGUAUAGAAGUGAGUUAUAAGCGAUAUACGAUACAACCGCUGUUGUUCUAAAAGGCGUUGAGGCUGUGUUUACCGGAGUAAUGCUCAGGUUAUUGUGUGACCUACGCACUCGGCAAGUAUGUCAAUAUUUGUAUACCUUCUUUCUCGGCUCUCUCGCCCCGGGUAUUUUGUAAGGUUAGAGUACUAACACUCAAGAUUGUUCUGUAUAUGAGGCGUUACGUAGGGAAAGGAACCAAAACAGUAGGCUCUGUUGAAUCUUAGAGCUGUGUCCGAAAAACAAACAAGACUGGACCUCAGUUCCUUUCAGUCGUGAGUGUUGAUAUUUGUCGGGAAAAUUUACGGUCGUGCUUGACAACACUUGACUAUGUUUGUGGUCCACCCUACUCUCUAGGUGAACUGUCGACGGAAAUGUCAUGUUUCUGGUCUAGAAACAAAGAAUGCAGCGGGGCAACACUUAUGGAGAACAUACUAGCUUUUGCUUCAAGUGUACUGUGAGGAACACUUCAAGUUGUUGAGAAGGCCAUGUGGUUGGCAGUGGUGUGUGUCAGUCUCUGCGCCUGUUUUGAGGACAUUUUUGCAGCGUCGUCGUUGUCCACUAGAGGGAAGGAAGCGAUUGUCGCUGCCCACAACAACUACAGGAGAAAUGUGGCCCCGCUAGCUGCGAAUAUGCAACAAAUGUCAUGGAACGAAGACUUGGCUGACAUAGCCCAGGCUUGGGCGGACAGGUGCAUCUUCGACCAUAAUGCACAGCGAGCGGACACAUUUCGGGGAUCGGUAGGAGAAAACAUCUACGUCAGUUCCGGAGAAUACACUCCAGGAGACGAGGUCGACGAUUGGCACACUGAACGGAAAGACUACACUUACUCAACCAAUCAGUGUGCCCGUACCUGCGGACAUUAUACUCAGGUUGUCUGGGCCAGGACGAACCAGGUAGGAUGUGGAAACACCGUUGGUGAGAAACCGUAUGUGAACGGACCCCCGUGCUCGAUGUGUGGCAACACUGGAUGUGACAGCAACUUAUGUGGUGCCUCCUUCGGGAGACCGACGGAUACUGGAAAUGAUAAUAAUAAUGGGAAUGGCAGACCGGAAUUCGGGUUUCCUGGGGCUUCUGAUGGUCGGGAGCCCGUGGACAUCCCGAAUACAAACGGAGGUUGCUGUGACAGAGUGGAGGCUCUGGAGAGACGAGUAGUGGCACUGGAAGAGCAGGUAGUUUUGUACAAAUGUACAUGUAAUAUGACGAGUAACCUGUCCAUCCCCGUAUUUUUAUCUCUAGGACCAUACAAUCGCUACGGCGGGGGCUAGUGAACGGGUCUGAAA